UCUCUCUCUCUCUCUCUCUCUCUCUCUCUCUUCUUGUGACCAAACAAUGGAGGGAGGUUCUGGUAAGAGGUUUCCUGCCAAGCUGAAGGAUCUUCUGGCUACUGGGAUUCUGGAGGGAUUGAAAGUGAGAUAUGUCAAGGGACAAAAGGCGCGUAAACCAGGAGAAAAGGAUUUACAAGGUGUGAUUAAAGAUGCCGGGAUUUUGUGCUUUUGUGGGAGUUGUAAGGGGAAUCAGGUUGUCUCUCCGAAUGUUUUUGAGUUGCAUGCUGAUAGUGCUAAUAGACGUCCUCCGGAGUAUACUUACCUUGAGAAUGGAAAACUCCUUCGGGAUGUUAUGAAUGCCUGUUCAAGUCUUCCGUUGGACACAUUGGAUAAAGUGGUCCAAAUGGUCCUGGGUGAUUUCCCCAUGCAGAAUUCUAAUAUCUGUUUCAAUUGCAGAGGGUCAAUUUCUGAAUCCAACAAGGGUGAGUCAAAACUAGUAUGCAAUCCAUGCAUGGAGUUGAAAGAGUCUAAAACUAGCCAACUUCAACCAAGAUCAAAAAAGAAGAGAGAAGAAGGGCCUAAAACUACUUCUGCAGAAACUUCUUCCCAGAAAAGAAAAGGACGCCCUCCUGGUUCCGGUGGGGGAAGAUUCACUGAACGUAUUGUUAGUCCAAUUACUCCAGCACAAACACUCGGUUCUUCAGUGCAUGGAACAAUUGACGGGAAAUUUGAUGACGGAUAUAUAGUCACGGUGGACCUGGGUUCUGAACAGCUGAAAGGUGUCCUGUAUCAUGUUUCAAGUAAUGCAUCUAAGGAUUCUUCGAUUGGAGGUUUAUCAGAAGAAAAGGUUGAGAGAUAAAGAAAGAUAUAGGAUUGAAAUGUUGAAGUACAAAUCCAAUGGUUGAGCUCUUCAAUGGACUCUUAUAUGGAAUCCUCAGACCUUUUUUCCUUUACUUUUAUUCUUGUUAUAGUUGAUUUUAUUUUAUUUUAUGGCGGUGAAUGAUUUUGCAAAACAUGCUGUAGCAGUUCACUUUGUUGUAGUUCUUCUUAAAUCAUGGAUCCCCUUAUUUUAUCAGUCUAAAGUUAAUCAAUGAAUGGUUGUCUUAGCACAUGAUAAGCUAUGCAUUAUAA